AUGGGAUCGCUGGCCGAAAACCAGGACGACUUGUCUCCAGCGCCAUACUUGGUAUCAUCGGGACGCACCUCCACAUCAACCACCGGCCGCAAGAGCUUCGGUGAUCUUUUUAAUAUUUCCCAGCGAUUGAGACAGAACUCGGAGCCCCCGAUUCCCCGCAAUGGAUCCCCUGGUCUCGGCGGGUCAUCCACCCCGAUAUCGUCGAAGCCGGACCUACCACCCAUUCCGCAGAAAGAAGAGGGUGAUACACCAGCUAGCUAUCUGACAAAGCUCGAGGAACACAUGCCUCGAGGUGCGGUUGGUGGUGUGCUCUCCCAAUCAGGUGACGAGUUCUACAAGGUUGCUCUACGGAAGUACAUGAGAUCGUUCUCCUACUUCGGUGAUCCAAUUGACAUGGCUAUUCGCAAACUGUUGAUGGAGGUCGAACUGCCAAAAGAAACACAGCAGAUAGACCGGUUUCUGCAAGCGUUCGCAGACCGAUAUCAUGAGUGUAACCCGGGGAUUUUUGCAACCACAGAUCAAGCUUACUUUAUUGCGUUCUCAAUAUUGAUUCUUCACACCGAUGUGUUCAAUAAGAAUAAUAAACGGAAAAUGCAGAAACACGAUUAUGUCAAAAAUACCCGUGGUGAGGGUGUGUCUGAUGAUGUUCUUGAAUGCUUCUAUGAAAAUAUCGCCUAUACGCCGUUUAUUCACGUGGAAGAUGCCAAUUUACGAGAUCGCCAUCUUACCAAGCCUCGCCGCGCGUUGUUCAAGAGCACCAGCACUGAGAACUUGCCCCGAGUCGCACGAGAUCCCCUUGAUCCGUACACCCUGAUUAUGGAUGGCAAGCUUGGGGCACUACGCCCAAGUCUGGGGGAUGUGAUGGAUCUCGAUGAUUCGUACAAUCACGUCGGAACUGCUGGCCCGCCUGAUAUGGAUGAUUUGCACCAAGCCUUUACCAAGUCUGGAAUUUUGCAGAUUGUUUCUUUGCGUUCUCGCCCCGACGCCUUCAUGCACACGAGUCUCAAUAACCCCGCAGAGUCGAAUCCUGGCCUGGUUGAUAUCAAAGUGGCAAAAGUUGGCUUGCUUUGGCGAAAAGAUCCGAAAAAGAAGCGGGCUCGGUCACCUUGGGCAGAGUGGGGUGUUCUUCUUACCUUCUCGCAGCUCUACUUCUUCCGCAAUGUCACAUGGGUGCGGUCACUGAUGGCACAGCACGAGAUUUACGUGAAGAAUGGGCGGCCGGGUACUCUAGUGUUCCAGCCUCCGCUUGCCGAGUUCAAGCCAGAUGCCAUCAUGUCCACAAAUGAUGCCGUUGCUUUGUUGGACACGAGCUACAAAAAACACAAGCAUGCAUUCAGUUAUGUCCGCCACAAUGCUCUAGAAGAAAUAUUUCUUGCGACGUCGGACCCGGAGAUGAACGAUUGGAUUGCGAAGGUCAACUAUGCUGCUGCAUUCAGGACCACCGGGGUCCGAACAAAAGGCAUGAUUGCCACUAAUUACGAGGGUCAGCGGUACCGUACAAGCCAGCGGGUCGAUUCCGCUUCGCUCACCUCACAGUCAGCGGAGAAGGAACCUCCUUCGCCAAGCAUCGCCACGGAUAUUGUUGCCGAGUUUGUCGCUGCCCGCAGAGAACUAAUGAGUCAAAAGAUCCGCGAGACGAAUGAAAAGCUUUUCGUCACACAGAAGGAGCUUGAAGAACUUUUGCGGAACGCACGUCAUCUUCAAGUUCUGACUCCGGUGAAUCCUCGGGCUCGUGAGAGCGUCAUCAUGGCUGCAGGACGCAUGGCAGCGAAGCUCAAAUGGGUCAGACAGGAUCUGUGGCGUAACAAGUGCUAUCGUGAAGUGCUUCUCCGGGACAUGGGUGAAGAUGAGAGCUUUGUCAAGGAACAAGCCGGAUCUGUUGCUGAUCAGCCAUCUGAAGAUGUAGCGCGACUUGCUUCCAUCUCGGGGCCUUCCGUAGUAUCCGAAUCUGGUGUUUGCCAGGCUCCUAGUAUCAUCCACACGACUUCUAACAAUGAUACGCAUGAACCAUCUGGGCCAUCCGUUGAUCAACCUGUUGACCGUGGCUUUCUCUAUCAGCCAUCCACAGAUGAGAUGCGUCGCCCAAGCCUCCCGGCUUCGACUACCUCAUCUGAUGCUGCUCGCGUUGGCCGCCCGCUUUCCAUUGCCGUUCUGACAGACAAGCUAUCCGACGGAUCGACGACUCAGCUGGAGCGCGAGUCCUCUGUUCUCAGUCGGGGUAGCAGGUAUGACGGAGCUAGUGUCGCCUCUCGGACAUCUAAACUCACCUCCCCGGUCAGCUUCGAUGAAGGCGAGGAACGCCUGCUCAGAGAAACCGGCUUGUUAGAUCUGAGUGGCUCGCCUAAGCCUCGGAAACCAUCUAGCAAUGUUCCCGAGUCAGGAGGUGAGGGCAAGCCAGAUGGGUCCUCUGAGGGUCUUCAAAAUGACAGGUCUAGCCGGGUACGACGCAGUCUCCACCGCACACUUCGGGAUUCAGCCCACAUUCCUCGCCAUCAAUCUCGUAGUAAGAAGAACCGAGGCUCAGUGUCCAGCAUUCCGCCACUCGAUGAUGAUGAAAGCGGUAAGGAUGCUGAAGUACUGCCUCGCAAGACACCCAGUUUCACUGUUCAUGGCAAAAAGGCUUCCGUUGUUACCUUUGGAUCCGAGUGGCAGAACAUGUCUCCUGAGGAUCGUCUAAAGCUCCGGAAGCCAACUCCCCACGACGAGCCGAGGGCUUCAGAACCUGCUAUACUUAGUAGUAACGAGUCGAUCACUUCACACCACACACCGGGCGGCCGGCCUCACUCUAUCCGAAGUGCGAGUACGACAACAAGGCUCAGUGUGUGCAGCGAUGAUGAGCCUACCGUCGACUUCUUCACCGAUGCAUACGAAACCUUUGGGGUUAGACUGCCCAAGCCUGCCAAUGAUACGGAUCCUUCGGUCGCGCCCGAAGAGAAAGAAUUAGAUCAACGAGCAGAGAAUGAGGGCACACCCCGUCCUGCUUCAAGUUCUGGUUCUGCGAUCUUUGGUCCUCGCCUGCCGGACCCCGAGGACAUAGCCCCCUCUGCCACGCCUCUGAAUGAAAGAGGUGUGGAAACCCCCUCCUCUGAAAACCUACGACAGCAAGCUGUAGGCGCCUGA